AUGAGACGAGCUGUUUCCAAGGCCAGCUCCCUCCGCAAGGGCAGCGUGAAGUUUCUCCCGCACAAGCCCGACCCAUCCGAAGGGCAGCGGGGCAAGGCGGGCGGCGGUCCGCGGGCGGGCGGGCAGCUCCCCUCGCUGGACCGGCGCUGCGGCCGAUCCUUGGUUGCGGGGCUGGCGCCAGGGAAGCGCGCAGGCAGCUCUGCUUCUCUGCCGCAAAGAACGUCGACGGCCACCUGCGCGCAGCGCAAAGACCCGGCCAAGGAAAAGUUCGAGAAAGCGAGCAGUGCGCGCUUUGGCGACGCAUUUCUCGAGCCCCGGCCGUGGUCAGAUCCGCCCUCGGGCGGGCGGCCUGCUUGCCCUUAG